AGCCUCUCUCUCUCUCUCUCUCUCUCUUUCUCUCGCCUUCCAUACACAAAAGCUUGCGAGCUCUCAAGAAAAGCUUAGCGCUUGCUGUAAUCCUGUUAUGGCGAUAGAGAUUGAGCAACCUACUGUUCCGCUAUCAAGAGUUGCAGUUUCUGAAACUCAUGGAGAGGAUUCUCCAUACUUUGCAGGCUGGAAAGCAUAUGAUGAAGAUCCUUACGAUGAAUCAGAAAAUCCCUCAGGAGUUAUACAAAUGGGACUUGCUGAAAAUCAAGUUUCAUUUGAUUUAGUAGAAGAGUACUUGGAAAAGCAUCCGGAAGCUUCUACCUGGGGAAAAGGAGCUCCUGGGUUCAGAGAGAAUGCCUUGUUUCAAGAUUACCACGGGCUAAAAUCUUUCCGACAGGCAAUGGCAAGUUUCAUGGAACAGAUUAGAGGGGGAAGAGCAAAAUUUGACCCAGAUAGAGUAGUGUUAACUGCAGGCGCAACUGCAGCCAACGAGUUGUUAACCUUCAUUCUAGCUGAUCCUGGCGAUGCUUUGCUUGUUCCAACUCCAUAUUAUCCUGGAUUCGACAGAGAUUUGAGGUGGAGGACUGGUGUAAGAAUCCUACCCAUUCAUUGCGACAGCUCAAACAAUUUUCAGAUCACUCCUCAAGCCUUGGAAGCUGCAUAUAAAGAUGCAGAAGCCAUGAAAAUCAAAGUGAGAGGUGUUCUUAUAACAAAUCCUUCAAACCCAUUAGGUGCCACAAUCCAACGUUCAGUAUUGGAAGAGAUUCUUGAUUUCGUCACAAGAAAAAACAUCCAUCUUGUUUCUGAUGAAAUCUACUCAGGAUCUGCAUUCUCAUCAUCUGAAUUCGUAAGCAUUGCAGAAAUUCUUGAAGCUCGUGGAUAUAAAGAUUCAGAAAGAGUUCACAUUGUUUACAGUCUUUCAAAAGAUCUUGGUCUUCCAGGUUUUCGAGUUGGAACUAUAUAUUCAUACAAUGAAAAAGUUGUUACAACUGCAAGAAGGAUGUCUAGUUUCACCUUAAUUUCCUCGCAAACACAACAUCUCUUAGCUUGCAUGUUGUCUGACAAGAAAUUCACCGAGAAUUAUAUUAAGAUAAACAGACAAAGAUUAAGGAAAAGGUAUGAAAUGAUCAUUGAAGGAUUGAAAAAUGCUGGGAUCGAGUGUUUAAAAGGCAAUGCUGGGUUGUUUUGCUGGAUGAAUUUAAGUCCUUUGUUGAAGACACAAACAAGAGAAAGUGAAUUGUCUCUUUGGAAAUCUGUGAUUCAUGAAUUGAAGCUGAAUAUUUCUCCUGGUUCUUCUUGCCAUUGCUCUGAACCAGGCUGGUUUAGAGUUUGUUUUGCAAACAUGAGCGAGCAGACACUGGAAGUUGCACUGAAGAGGAUACAUAAUUUCAUGGAUCAAAGGAAAAAAGAAACCAACUAAAUCUCUUCUUACAGCAAUAUGCAAUUUUUUAAUGGCUUUAGCCAUUUUGAUUCUUUAAUUAGAUGACCAAACCCAAACCCAAACCCAGAAUUCAUUAUUACAUAUAUAAAUAUAUAUUGUA